AUGAGUAUCUUAACUGCGGUCGCGUUCACCUGCCUAAUCCUCCUACCUGUCUACCUCCUCAUCAAUCACCAAAUCGCCUCUCUCCCCCUUCCCCCCGGACCCAAAGGCAAGCCCAUCAUCGGCAACCUAUCCGACCUGCCACCCCCAGAUACCCCAGAAUGGCAGCACUGGCUAGAACACAAAAAGCGCUACGGCCCAAUAACCUCCGUCACCAUCCUCAACCAACCCAUCAUUAUUCUUCACGAUGCCCAAAUAGCCAUCGAACUCCUCGAAAAACGCUCCCUCAAGUACUCUUCCCGAUCACAGACAGUUUUCGUCGGAGAAAUGAUCGGAUGGAAAGACACUCUGGGCAUGCAGCCUUACAAUGCGCGAUUUCGCGCAUACCGUAAAGCCAUGCAUCAAGUCCUGGGAACAAAAGCCCUCGUAUCGAAGUUCAAUACGCUGCAGGAGCUCGAAGCGAGACGGUUAUUGCGUCGUAUGUUAGAGGAUCCGGGGGAGUGGGUACAGCAUUUGAAGACGGAAGCCGGCGCCAUCAUCCUCAAAAUCGGCUACGGGUACGACAUCAACCCGCACGGGAGGGAUAAAUUAGUCGAUUUGGCGGAUGACUCGAUGGAGACUUUUUCGGCGGUGAUGAAUCAGGUGUGGUUGGUGGAUCUGGUGCCUGUUUUGAAAUACCUCCCCUCCUGGUUGCCCUUCUCUGCUCAACGAAAAAGCCAGUUCUGGCGUACGCAACUCCUCACUACCAUCGAGACGCCGUACAGGAUGGUGCGGGAGCAGAUGGCAUCUGGAAUAGCACCUCCGUCCUACUUGAGUAAUCUCCUCCAGGAGGAGGAUACCAAGGAGGAAAAGACCCUCACGGCAGAAGAAGAAUUCACAGCGAAGUGGACAGCGGGCUCACUAUAUAUAGCUGGCGCUGAUACGACAGUAUCAGCCCUCCGCACAUUCAUCCUCAGCAUGGCCCUGAACCCCGCCAUUCAGGAAAAAGCCCAAGCCGAACUCGACACAGUCUUAGGCCCGCACACUCUCCCCAAACUCUCUGACCGGGAUAAACUACCCUAUGUGAACGCCGUCGUGAAAGAAUCUCUCCGGUGGUACCCGGUUGGUCCGAUGGGAAUACCGCAUCUUUGUGUAGAGGAGGAUGUGUAUGAUGGGUAUAGGAUUCCCAAGGGGGCGAUAGUGAUGGGGAAUAUCUGGGCAAUAACCCACGAUCCGAAUAUCUACCCACAUCCGGAAAAGUUCGAUCCUGAGCGGUUCCUGGGUGAGAACCCCCAGCCGGAUCCGUCUGGUUGGGUGUUUGGGUUCGGGAGGAGAGUGUGUCCCGGACGGGUGUUGGCGGAUGCGAGUGUUUUUGUGACGGUCGGGAUGGUGUUGAGUGCCAUGAGGAUUUCGUUGGAGAAGGGGGAUGGGGAGAGAGAAGAGGUGAGGUUCACGCCUGGAGUGGUCAGUCAUCCUGUUUUGGCGGGGCUGAAGGUGGAAGCGAGGAGUGCGAGGCAUGAGGGGGUUAUUAGGGAGAUUGAUCGAAGGGUAUGUUUGUAUCCACGGCUAUAA